AUGGAACAGCCUGAAGCAUUCCAUGAAGUCCUGCAAUGCAUUGAGGACUACAUCCAUUCUAGUCAUCUAACUGCCAAGGAUGGUACUGGUGAACUCUGUAUACAAUUUAGUGAGGUUCCUGCACUUGUUCACCUCAUCUCUGAACAAUACCCAAAUCUACUGAUGGACAUUGCAAGACUGAAUGAUGAUCAUUCUAUGGACUCCCUUGCAGAUGUGCAUGAGCUAAUUCAAGGCCCAACAAAUCCUGAUACACUAUUUGGAGCAUCACAGAUCCCAAAAAUGAUUCUGUGCAUUGGAUCAAGCAACAAGAUGCUAGCCCAGAUGUUUAUCCAGACACCUCAGUCCCCCAACACAGUGGUGACUGCAUCCCCUACCCAACAAAGUCUGGACAAAGACCACACUAAUUUGGGUGGCUGGGAGCAUGGGGAUGGUAUCUAUGUCACUACCCACCACAAAGAAACUGAGCAGGCCAAACAGAAGAAGCAGAGAUAUGGUGAGUAUGCCACUACCAUGAUUGACAAGGAUAAAAUAAAUUCACAAGAGCAAAGCUUGAAAGACAUUGAAAUAACCCUUAAAGAACUUGAAAGAAAUCUGGUAUCAAGCAAAAAUGACUUCGAGUGGAAGCUACAGGAGGGAUCUAGCUUCUACCAAUGGAUUUCAGAGCCAUUGGGGCAGUUGCUGCUGUCACAAACUUCAGUAGUUAUGCACUUCAAGGCCUUGGAGAACAGCAUGGAAGUCAUCAAGGGUGUGCAAAAUACACACACAGCAUUAUUCCUACAGGCAUUAGCUGGCAUAGACAACCUGUCCCAGGGCAUGACCAACCUUAUGGACCAUGUUCAUGAUGCAGACUUCAUGAUGGAUUCCUUAUGCAAGAUCAAGGCUACCAUUGAUGCUCUUAGGAGUGACUUGGAUUGUUUGAAGGGCUCAUGUCAUGCACUGGAUGUUCAGACCCACACCACCCUAGAAGAAGAGCUGAUGCUUGUCCCAGAUUGUCUUGUCCCCAACCAUCAGGCAGGUGUGGAUAAGAAUAACUGGAGCAAGACUGGAUAUUGGGUAAGUACUGUGAUGCAAUUGAUUUAA